GGCUUUUGUUGGUAAGUUAUCAUGUCUGACCACACAGAGUAAGGCUGACGAAUGCUGGAAAGAAUCAACUAACAUUUGUUUGUUAAAUAUUCCCAUUCAUGAAACUCGUCUACAUCCUUGACUCGCAUCAUCGUGACGGCUACCAACCCGAUAUUUCUCUCUCAUAUAUCGAUUCAAUUCAUCCAAUUCAAUCGGCAAUUACACCAGUCGACUACCCAUUUGAAACCAUUCAUCGAAUUUGCCUGUCCCGAUUCUUUUUCAAGUAUGACAGAGCUUAAAUCCUCUUUUCCCUGUGUUUCUCUGUUACUUGUAAGAUUAUUCAUUAUAAUUUGUGUUUCAGUAUCACAGAACUAUGCAUCUCCCUCCACAACUGCAUAUGGAAGCACUGCAUGGAGGAACAAUGUGCAGGCUUUAGAUUCAUGGAGUCUUUCAGGGCCAGUGGCAGGGCCUGUGUCAGUACCAGUGCCAAUCACAGUGAGACCUAUUCUUGUCUCUGCAAAUGUCUCUCAGGACGGUCUGUUCCACAGUUUUGGGUGUGGAUUCCUCUGCUAUGGCACCAAUUGUGAAAGCUACCUGUUUUCAACCUUCUUGGCCAUCUACAGCCAGACGAAUGCAAAUUUGCUUGAUAUUCAAAUGGUAUGGAGUGCAAACAGGGACCAUUUGGUUCAGGAUAAUGCAACCCUGACUCUCACCUCCGCUGGAGAUCUACUUUUGAAGGACAAAGAUGGAAGCCUUGUCUGGUCUGCAAACAGUAACAUUUCUGUUGCCCAAGCAGUGAGUAUGAAGAUGGAGGAAUCUGGGAACUUGGUUGUUUUGAACAGCUCUAAUGGAAGCCUGUGGCAAUCCUUUGAUCAUCCCACUGAUACAAUUGUCAUGGGCCAGAAGUUAUUGGUUGGGCAGAAACUUGUUGCCAGUGUUUCUGAUACCAAUACAAGCCAAGGCAACUUCUAUGCUUCUUUGCUUACAGAUAGAUUUGCUUUGUUCAUAGAUAGUAACCCACCUGAACCCUAUUAUAUGUUUGUGAGAAGCCCUGCUUCCUCCAUUAGAGGGUAUGCAGAGUUUGAUCAGGACUGGCUCUUGUUCUAUGUCCAACCAGGCUCCAACCCAGCUCCCAGAUUUGCAAUACCCAAAAAUUCUCUCUUUGCUAAAGUUGAUUCAGAGGGGCAUUUCAGGUUUUAUACAUUCCUAUCAACAACAGGGAAGUCUUCUAUUGACUAUUUCACUGAUUUUACACAGGAUUUGAGUGCAUGCGAUUAUCCAAAAGUAUGCGGUGACUAUGGUGUUUGUACUGAUGGGGAGUGCAGCUGCCCAAAAGGAGUUAAUGGUGACCAUGCUUUUGUACCAGUCCAAGAGUCAAUACCCAGCUCAGGUUGCCUUCCACCCAAUCCUCUGGUAUGCCCUGUUUCAGACAUAUCUACUAGCUUUAGCACAGAUAGUUAUUUUCUGGAAAUGGAUCAUGUUUCAUAUUUCACAUAUGAAUGGGGAAAUGAUACUAUUCCAGAUCUGAUCACAAGAGAAGCCUGCAAAAUCCUCUGCCUCAGAAAUUGCUCUUGCACAGCUGCAUUUUUCAGGUAUGGCGGUUAUGCCAAUGCCAAUUUUUCUCAUGGGUAUUGUUAUCUGGAAACAAAUGUCUACUCUCUGAGAAUGAACAGCAAACCAACCGAUGAUUUCUACAGUUCUAUUGCUUAUCUCAGAAUUCAGCCGACACCCGAGGGAAAAGAUAAACACCCAGUUGCAAUUAUCAGUGCCUGUGUUGCAGGUGGUGUAAUCAUUCUCCUUGCUCUCCUUUUACUGGCAUGGCGAUGCAGCAGAGAAAAGCAGAAAGAAGAAGACUCUAUGAAGUUACCGGGUGCCUCAGCUGUGAGAUAUUCAUUCAAAGAUCUAGAAAUUGCCACAGAUAAUUUCAAAACAAAGCUGGGAAAUGGAGGAUUCGGAUCGGUAUACGAAGGGGUUUUGUCUGAUGGCACAAAGAUCGCAGUGAAGCGGCUUGACAGAGCAGGGCAAGGAACAAGUGAAUUCCGCGCAGAAGUAGAAACACUGGGGGGUAUUCAUCAUCUGAAUUUAGUAAGAUUGAUGGGUUUUUGCGCAGAAAACUCCCACAGAAUUCUUGUCUACGAAUAUUUAUCAAAUGGGUCUCUGGACCAAUGGAUUUUCCCCCGAAAGGGUACUAGUGAAAAGCCUGUAAUGGACUGGAACACCAGAUCAAAAGUAGCUCUGCACACAGCUAAGGGAUUGGCAUAUCUGCAUGAAGAAUGCCGAGAGCGCAUAAUCCACUUCGACAUCAAGCCCCAAAACAUUCUUCUCGACCAAAAUUUCAAUGCCAAAGUCUCAGAUUUUGGGCUUGCCAAGUUGAUUAGCAGAGAUGAAAGCGAAGUGAUAACCAUGCUAAGAGGAACACCAGGGUACAUCGCACCAGAAUGGUUGAGCUCCCAUGUUACUGAGAAGGCCGAUACAUACAGUUUUGGGGUUACCCUCAUAGAAAUUGUGAGUGGAAAGAGAAACAUGCAGCUCACCAAACCAGAUUAUGAUCUGAUUUCAUUGUUGCAGGACAAAGCCGAACAAAGGGAAUUAGCAGAUCUGGUCGAUCCAGAUUUCAGGGGUGAAGAAAUGGAGGAGGCCCUCAAGAUGAUUGAAUUGGCAAUUUGGUGUAUUCACAGAGAUUACAGGGAAAGACCCGCCAUGUCCACAGUUGUCAAAGCAUUGGAGGGCACGAUUCAUAGUCUCCCGCCUGCAAUUAGCUCGCUCUCUAACUAAUGCUUGCAUCUACAGUCUUUUAGAUGAUUUUUGGCCAUUUUGAAUAGCUGUAAGCUUGAAAUUUGCCUGAUUUGAAGCUUUUAGAGCAAUUAUUUCCGAUCAAAUGGAGAUUUUCAGUUAGGCUCUGUAUAUUUUACAGCUUCAAGUUUUAAAUUUUUAAAAUUUUACUCCAUUUUUUGAAAUCAAGUUCUUACUGUACAGUUUGAGAAACAUAAAUUGAAUUGGCUGUCAGACAAUGAAUUUAGAAUGUUUUUGAAAAUUCAAACCAUUUGACAUUUAUAAAUUUCGACAGGAGCCAAAUUGGAAGGCAUUUAAAACAUGUAACUGUCAU